CCUUUUUUGAAGUAUCCACUUUGCCCAGCCGGAGAGGUCACUGAACUAGCGCCCCGAGCCGGGGCCGGUUUCUAUUGCAAAAGGAAAGAGCGUCGCCAGACAACUGGACACCGCGGGCCAAGCUGAGAGCAGCGAGGCAGGGUCCAAAGUGCCUGGCUGGAGUGAAACCUGGGCGGGCCUUCGCGACGGCAGGCGUGGCAGUGUCAAUUUCCCAGCCCCCUGGAGGCUUGCUUUGGCUUCGGGUUGCUGCCUUGGGAUCGGGAGUUCGUUUCUUGCCGCUUUUGAUCCUUCGGAACUUUGUCCUUGCCGGUGAAUUGCCAAAUUGGGGGCAAAGCUGCAGUGAUGUCUUCGGUGCAGGUGCUUUAUCCGCCCAAGAUCCACCACAGCGUGCUCAGCCCAAAGAGCUUCCCCAAAGAUGAGCCGGCUCAGGGGAAGGCGACCUUGGAAUCGCGCUACCACCUGGGUGCUUUAAUCGGGAGCGGCGGCUUCGGGACGGUAUACGCGGGGACGCGGCUCAGCGAUUCCCUCUCGGUGGCCAUUAAGUAUGUUGCCAAGGAACGAAUCUUGCAGUUCCACCAUAUGAAUGGCAUGCUGGUCCCGCUUGAAGUCCUGCUGCUGAAGAAAGUGUCGUCUGCAGGUUGUCGAGGCAUUAUCCGCCUCCUGGACUGGUUUGAGGAACCUGAUGGGUACUUCAUCAUUAUGGAACGCCCCCUUGUGUAUCAGGACCUCUUUGACGUUAUCACUGACCGGGGCCCACUUCCUGAAUCCUUGGCUGCCAGUUAUUUCAAGCAGGUGGUUGAAGCAGUGCAGCAUUGCCACCUAUGCGGUGUACUGCACCGGGACAUCAAAGAUGAGAACAUUCUGGUAGACCUCCUGCAUGGUGAACUGAAGCUCAUAGACUUUGGCUCUGGUGCCUUGCUUCGGGACUCUCCAUAUACAGACUUUGAUGGCACCCGCGUCUACAGCCCUCCUGAAUGGAUAAAAUAUCACCGAUACCAUGGCCUGCCAGCUACUGUGUGGUCACUGGGUGUGCUUCUUUAUGAUAUGGUGUGCGGGGACAUCCCUUUUGAAAGAGAUGAAGAGAUCCUUCUUGGGAAACUCCACUACCAUUGCAGGGUAUCUGCAGACUGCCGUCACUUGAUCGAGUGGUGCCUCUCACUGGUUCCAGAGAAGCGACCGUCCCUGGAGCAGAUCCUGGCACACCCCUGGCUCCUCACCGCCCUAGAGCACAGCGGGCGCAAAGUGCAGCAGCCACCGCCAUCCACAGUCCCUAAAGCAGGCACUGCUAGCCUGUGACUACGAAGGCCUCUGGACAGCAUUGAGGUGGCUUGGCACAGACUGUGGACAAAAAUUCCUCUCAGCCUUUCCUUCACCAACCAGCAGAUGGAUUGUCAAACAGUUGCCUUGCCACUAGGGAGGGGGUGGAGGAGGGGGCGACUCAUGAAAACCCAGGUCAAUGGCAGCAAAUCCUACACAGUCUCACUUACUAUGACAGUGGGACUGUCUCAUAGCCUUACCAAUGGUAAUACGACAGACCAAUGGGCACUGCUCUGUUUACACAAGGACUCUUGGCCUAUCCUGUUCACUGGUGAGGUGUAGAAGAUUGGCACCAAACAAGCAGCAUCCAAAGGCUUUUAGGGCUAUCUGGUAUUUUUUGUUUGUGUUUUUCCUUUUUUCCCUGCACUCCGGGAUGGGAAUCGGAGCUGAAGGAGCUUGGAAACUUCCCUGAGGAAGCAGGACUGGAUGAAUGUUUCAGUGUGUCAUGGAUAUGGUGAUAUGUCUCCUGCGGGCACUAGCUUCUAUUUAUUUAGCAUGAUGUUCCUUGCGGGGAGCCCUGGCUGGUUCCUGCUGUGCUUACAUUAAGUGCUAUGCGCCUGUCUCCUGUGACAUGGGUGUUGUAACCUCUGACAUCCUCCACCCCAUUGUUCCAUUCCUGGCCAGCCAUUCCAAGUCUGAAUCCAGCUCCAAACGACAGGCCUGGUUUCUCUCUCCCUGGUUAGUGUAGGCUGAAGGACUUCUUUAUUUUUCUAAGGGGAGGGGCUGCAUAGUAGCAGAAAUGCAAGAGAAACACAAAUAUUUGAAAGACUUAAAAAUCCAGAGCCCCGAACUUUUUUACUGUAAUGAGGACUUUGACUUGGAUGGUGGAAUCAGAGUGGGGAACGACGUUCCUGUAAAUCCUGGCUGGAUGCUGGAGAUUUUUGAAGAAUGCUCCACUUUGGUUUGGAGCUCUUGGUUCUUCUCUCAAGCUUCCUUCAUUUUUCCUAGCUCUUCAUCCUUGAAGCUGUGUUUAGCCAGGAUGUACAGAAACUCCAGAAACUGUCCUUGGGUCACUCAAGAGUUCAGUUGUGAGCCUUACUAGUGCAAUUUUCCCUCACUCCUCUUUUCACCCUUUAAUAGCCUGAGGGGGCAUCAGGAGCUGAUGACCAUGAAUUUAGGGAACAUGUAGCCUUAAAUUGAUUUGAAAUGAUUAAGGACUCCUUUAAUGUUAAUUUGGGACCUUAGAAGGGGGGGGGGGUAAUAAGCCUUGUAAACAACAUCGUUUGGCAGUAGAGUGUGCAGAUUUUUGUAAAAGGUUAACUUCUGGGGCCCAGUCUCUGCCUCUCAGAGCUUUUCUAGCUUGAAUGGUGAGAACAGCUCUUAAGGAAGUCUACAUAUUCCAUCAUAUUCCUGUUUUGCUCAUUCUGCGAGGGAAAUGAAGAAAUGGAUUGUGACUCCUUGGACAGUUAAUUAGUUGCGGGAGGAGGUGGAGCUGGAAACUAAAUCGCAUUUCACCACCACCCAGUUGAGUAACCUUCAUGUGCCUUAACAUGAGCUCUCUUUAGGACAUGUUUACACCAUCAGGGAAUGGGGCAGGAUGCUUGCCUGGAAAGGUUGCAGUCGGGGCAGGAUCCAGCCUUGGGAAGCCCCAGCAUCAAUUUUCUGAGCCUGCCUUCUUUGGCAAUGUAACUGAGUAGUAUAUUUAUAUUGCAGUUCAGGAUCUGAUUUGUGGAUUUUUUUUUACUGUCUCAUGCACAUUUGUGCAUUUGUAUAACCUCACAAUGCCGUGCCUUGUUUAAGGCUCCAAAAACAAAAACCGUUUCUGGGAUUAAAAGAUUUUUAUAACAAAGAAA